AACCAACGGAGGCGGGGAAUGUUGAACAGGUACCGUAAAGACCUGCCUUGUGGGCGGAGCCAAUUUCAGGGGGCGUGUUUUCACAAACUGAGAGAGUUGUCUGUUUCAAUUACCGCAGCACCGUCGGCGUUUCUCCGCUGCAGCUCCAGCAGAGCCACACAGGCGAAUUUCUCGAGUCAGUUCUGAGCUUCAUUCGAUUUGUCCUUGCGUCUAGGAGGCGAACAUAGAUUUAUAGAUAGAGAUUAUAAAACCCACCCCAAGACGUGUUUCGGAUAACCGUUUUUCUUUAGAAGAGAGUGUGUAUGGUUUGGACUGAAGAUAUCACCAUGUCUCGUACCGACGAGGUCCACCGCGUUACGGAGAAUGUCUACAAGACCAUCAUGGAGCAGUUCAACCCCUGCUUGCGGAACUUUGUUGCCAUGGGGAAGAACUACGAGAAAGCUCUCUCCACGGUGACGUUUGCAGCCAAGGGCUACUUCGACACUCUGGUGAGGAUGGGCGAGCUGGCCAGCGAGAGCCAGGGAUCCAAAGACCUAGGGGACGUGCUCUUUCAGAUGGCCGAGGUCCACCGGCAGAUACAAGUGCAGCUAGAGGAAAUGUUGAAGUGCUUCCACACUGAGCUGCUUUCAGAGCUGGAGAAGAAAGUGGACCUGGAUGCCAGAUACCUGACUGCGGCUCUGAAGAAGUACCAGAUAGAGCACAAGAGCAAAGGCGAGAGCCUGGAGAAAUGUCAGGCUGAGCUGAAGAAGCUGCGUAGGAAGAGCCAGGGCAGCAAGAACCCAUCUAAAUACAACGACAAGGAGCUGCAGUACGUGGAGACCAUAAACACUAAGCAGAACGAGCUGGACACCUUCAUCGCAGAGGGCUACAAAACGGCUCUGUCAGAGGAGCGCAGGAGAUACUGCUUCCUGGUGGACCGCCAGUGUGCCGUGGCCAAGAACAACAGUGCCUACCACGGAAAGGGCAAGGAUCUGCUCACCCAGAAGAUCCCAGUGUGGCAGCAAUCCUGCUCUGAUCCCAACAAGCUCCCGGAGAGGGCCAUGUUGCUAGUGCAGCAGAUGGUGUCUGGCUCGAACCCCCUUCUCUCCAGCCCGCUGCAUUCUUCUAAGGGCAACCUGGUCAUCUCAGAGCCCAUCCCUGGUGCUCAGCCCCUGCCUGUGCCCCCUGAACUGGCGGCCCUCAUGGGCCACCCAGGGAGGCUUAUGGGGCCUGAUGGCAUGUCUCUGGUCAAUGGUACGACAGGAAUGCAAGGUGAGGAGUACUGGGCUGAAGGGGGUGUGUCUCAGGGAAGACCCGCCUCCCCGCAGCCUCAGUCCCAGACUCAGCCACAGAGGCAGGUCAGCGAUGUUUACUCCAACACCCUGCCUGUCCGCAGACCCCAGCCUGCUAAGAGCAAGGCCACCGUGGGCGAGACACGGACUCUGCCCAGGUCCAGCUCCAUGGCGGCAGGAUUGGAGAAGAACGGGCGCUCACGUGUGCAGGCCAUUUUCUCUCAUGCUGCUGGUGACAACAGCACACUGCUCAGCUUUACUGAGGGUGACAUUAUCACACUGCUGGUGCCUGAGGCUCGGGAUGGUUGGCAUUAUGGAGAAAACGAGAAGAACAAGAUGAGAGGCUGGUUCCCCUUUUCCUACACACGAGUGUUACCGGAGAGUGACGGUGACAAGCUGCGAGUUAAUCUACAUCACGGGAAGAGCAGCAGCACGGGGAACCUGCUGGAGAGAGACGACACGUCUCUGCCCAUGCCUGACUACGGUCUGACCGCCCGUCUGUUGGCUCAGAGCCUCACACAGAAUCGCCCGCCGCGUCCCUACAGCAUGGCUGGCUUCACACAGUUUGGGUCCUGAAUUGUCCCGGUUCUGAGUGUACAGGACCUCCUGACCGCUCCCUGGAGGUCUACCUCAGAUCAAGCUUGAUGGACGGCCACACAGCUACACUCUUCUACUAACGCAGCCUUGUUCGCAGGCCUGCUCUCUACCACCUGAAACAAAACACGGAGCCACAUGCUUAAGACUCUACAGGGCAACUGGGGAUAAAGCCCUGGAUCCAUAACUCGGGGUCGUAGGAAUUAAACAAGUGUUCUGUAUAGCUUCCUAAACAUUGCUGUAUAGUUCUGCAGAAAUGUCAGCUUCUCUCUGAGCUGCUCUGAAGAGAAAUUAGCUGUGUCUGUGGGAAAGGUUUAUAGAUCAGUGCUCUUAUUGAUUUAAUCCCAUUAUGAUGAUAUACAGUGAUAUGUGUUGGUUAAGGGUUUUGAUACAAAGUUAAGAAAUCAUUCAGAAAAAAAGCUAGUUACAUGAAAAUGGCAAACGGAAAAUGUAAUGGUUGAGUAUAGAUUAUUUUAAAUCUUUUUUCUUUUAUCCCUUUAUAUAUCUGUUGUUGCAGUAGGCCUUAGCCUUCCUUAUCUUUAGUUGAGGUAAGAUUAGAGCUUCAGUUUAUUAGAUUUUGAAUAAAAAGUGAUCUUAUUUUCACUCUGUCGUUAAGGCUUCCCUCUGCCAUCACUAUAGCUGCUGUAAAUUGAGGCUUUAUUUUGGGGCACUCGUGGCACAGUGGUAAAGGCUCUGGGCUGCUGAUGACUUCAAAUCCCAGCAUUAGCAAAAACCACUGUUCAGCCCUUGAGUAUGUCUCUUAACCCUCAACUGCUCAAUUGAGUUGCAAGGCGCUGUGUAUAAAAGCGUUUGCCAAAUGAUUCAUUUUGAUGUACUUUGGCAAAGGCUCCAUCUGGCGCCUCCAUACUGUGGAUACUUCAGUGAUGAAAGUGUCGCUGCACUCAUCUCUGUUGCUUCGAUAUAAAGUUCUAGCAGUUUCUCUGUAUGUUUCCUGGCAGGGCAGCGCCAGGGGUUUGUGCCUUCUACUGCUUUAGGUGUUCUAGCUUUGGUGGGAAAAAAAGUCCAGACAUUCAUAGGCAAAGGGGAAAAUAUUCCGAUUUUUUUAUUGAUGUUUUGCUUUUUAGUUUCUUUUCAUUUUGAAUUUGAUUAUAGACACCUCAAAAUGCUGACUUUUUUUGUGUCGAUGAACUACUUAGGAAAAAAUGUCAAUAUAAAUGAUGAUUGUUCUCGCUCAUUAAUACUGCUUCUUAAAAAAAAUCAGAUUUAGACUUGUGGGCUUAUGAGCACAUGCACAAUUGCUUAAAAUGUACAAUUAGUGUAAAUAGUUCUUUUUCUCAAUUUGCUUGACAAGUACAUCUUUAGAAAGUGCUUCAUCCUGGUCAGGGUCAUGGCGGGAUCCGGAGCCGAUCCCGGGAACGAUGGGCGUGAGGCGGAACCCUGGAUGGUACGCCAGUUCAUCACAAUGAACCAUGCACACACUCAUUCACACCUAGGGGCAAUUUAGAGUCUUUAGUCACCUAACACCAUAUUUUUUUGGGAUAGGGGAAACUGGUGAAUGUGGAGGAAACGCACACAAGCACAGGUAGAACAUGCGCAGAAACUGUAAUGCACAAGCAGUAACCCGAGCUCAGGAUCGAACUGGGGACCGUUGGUUGCACUACGGUGUCGCCCACAUGUUAAUAUGUUAAUAAACAAAUGUGCUUAUUUGCCGAUCUUGCAUCACUCUUGUGCUUAUUUUGAAAAUAUUCUCACUACUGGAGGUAAUAACUCCAGCAGAUGUGAACUUUUAAGAUUUAAAUGUUAUUUGUCUGUUCUUUUUUUUUUGUGUGAGUGUAUGUGACAUUUUCUCUAAUACACAAGACAUUGCUUGUUCUGUGCUGAAAACAAAAAUCAUAUUCUAGAAAAAUGAUGCCGUUGACUCGCAGCUGAACCGUGAGAAAUAGCUUCAAUUACUCAUUGUGCUUGAAAAUGUUUUGGUUUCAAGUUUCAUGAAUUCAAUUUUUAACACCUUCAUAUUGUUUAGAUAUAGGGGUCAUAUUGAAAACUUGCAACGUCUAGUUCUAAAUCCUACUUAAAAUUGAAAGGUUAUGUGUAUUUGCAGUAGUGUAUCCUGGUAUUAAUUGAGUGUACCGUUAAGACAGGAAACAUCAUCGGCUGUCUGAUUGGAAUUGCACAGUAUUGGGAGAAUGAAUGUAUUUUUUUUUUUUUAAAUACCUUCUCAAAUCUUGUCUUUGUUCUGUUCAUUCUUAUUUAUGUUGAUGCAUUUUACUAAUACACAUUUCUGUUCUUUGUCAAAUAAAAUGGAUGUAAUCGAG